UACAUGGUAGCAUCCCUGAUUCUGAAACCUGGUCAUUGGGAUCGCCGUUACGCCGGAUCUGCUAAAAUACGCUUGAUCCACACUUAUGGGCCUUCUCGACCAGUUGUGGGAUGACACCGUCGCCGGCCCUCGGCCGGAGAGCGGUCUCGGCAAGCUCCGAAAGCACCACACCUUCACUUUCCGUUCAAGCUCCGGCAAGGAAUCAGAGAUUGGGAGCAUGAGAUCGUACGGCGACGAAUCGUCGGAGGAGACGAUGAGAGUAACUCGUAGUAUCAUGAUCGCGAAACCGCCGGGGUACCAGAGUGGAUCACCGCCGAUUUCCCCCGCGGGUUCUACUCCUCCGGUGUCUCCGUUUUCCGGUGAGGGUCUAGAGAGUCGUUUCGGUUUCGAAGAAAAUCGGCAUCAGAUGCGUACGAGAAGAGAGGCCAGAACAGAUCAAGCACUUCUACUCCUUUCGAUGUGUGAGAAAUAAUGAGUCACACUACUCACAAAUGUAUCUGUAGCUGAUGUGGAUGCUGUGUUUGGCCUUUGCUUUAUCGGGCCAAUUUUGUUUAGUGUAUGUACGUAUAUUAUAUAUGCAUGAAUGUAUGUGUAUGUGUAUGUGUUUGAGUGAGCUGACCUUCAAUUCUGUAAAGGUGAGGUCGCGCACCAGUUCAGAUCAUGCGAUGCAGCUGUGUGGUUUUAGCUUCUAUAUAUCUUUAAUAAUUAGGACAUUAGGUCAUUUAGGUGAGCUUGUAAUGGUUUAGUAAGUUGUAGGAAACUCUUUGUAUGUAAUUAGUAUGUGUGUAUAGAGCAAUUCUGCGUUUGUUUGUCAUUGCUCAUUUCUCCCUGUAAGUUUUCGUUCCCUCAAUAACAAGCAUGCAUCCCACGAAUUUGUAAUUUGUUUUA